AUGGUGCAAUCGCACGUGAAAACCUUGCUUCUCAACCAGGUUAAAGACAUAGGGUCUGCAAAGACGCAAUUCUCCCUCUGGAUCCUAUGGAAGAAACCAGUGGAGGGUACCAGCGAGUUUAUCGAGGUGGAUAAAGUCUUUCACAGCAACAUGACACCAAUCUUCCAGGGUAGCGAUGUGGAGGAGAACAAUGAUGAAGAGUGUUUCAAGUGGAGUAUCAUAGCAGCGCUACAUCAUGAGGAAAUAAAAUACAAUCCAGAAUGCAUAAGUAAGCUGGGAUCCUAUGCGGAGGUAUAUAGCUGGCAAGGCAUUGAGUUUCCAACAAUCAUCAAGGACAUCUCUAAAUUCGAGAAGAACAACCCAGACAUCGCAGUGAAUGUCUUAUUCGUGACGGGGAAGACGUGCAAUAUCCUACGUCGUUCGACACACAACGAACGCGAGAAACAGGUUAAUCUGCUACUCCUCACGAAUGACAAGAAGACCAACUAUAUAACCAUCAAAAAUCUCUCACGGCUAUUGGGUAGUGAUAUAUCAAAGAAUCAUCCAAAGAUGCACUUCUGUAUGAACUGCUUACAAGCCUUUCCAACAAUCGAAUUGCGAGACAAACAUUAUACCUACUGCAAAGAUAACGAAGCGGUCAAGAUCACGAUGCCAACCGAAAAGGAAAAGUGGCUCUACUACAAGGAUGUUCAACAGCAAUUUAAGGUACCCUUCGCCAUAUAUGCAGAUUUCAAGAGCCUUUUGAUCCCAAUGAAAGAGAAGGCGAAGGAGACCAAGAUGAAAAAGUUGAAUAAGCACGUAGCGUGUGGGUGGUGCACGUAUAGUACCUUCGCAUAUGGGGAUGUACUCGAUCCCUUGUAUAGAUAUCGUGGCAAAAACUGCGUGAAAAUGUUCGUCCAACACCUAGAGGAUAAAGUAAAGCGGCUCUAUACUACCUCCCCACAGCAUGACAUGCUGCCCUUAACUGAGGUGCUACAAAGAGAGUACGAAGCGGCAAAGAUAUGUCACAUCUGCAUGAAACCCUUCGACGACCCGAAGAUUCGCAGAGUUCGGGAUCACUGUCACUACACCGGUCUAUAUGGGGGUGCCGCGCACAAUACCUGCAAUUUCAACUAUAAAAUACCCAGCCACGUACCCGUGAUUUUCCACAAUCUUUCAGGGUACGACGCCCACUUGUUCAUUAGAGAAUUGGGGGAGAAGUAUGAUACUCAGGAUAUCGGUUGUAUCGCUGAAAACACGGAAAUGUAUUUCUCCUUCAACUUAAAAUGCAAGGUACCAAUUGCAAGCAUGGGGUACGGUGAUGGUGAUACGUAUAAGAAGAUCGAAAUCAGGUUCAUCGACAGCUGUCGCUUUAUGACAUUCUCGUUAGAGAAAUUGGCAAGCCACCUCGAUGAUGAACAGUGUAAAAAUCUCCGUUGGUAUUUCGCUGAGGAUGACACUUUUAAACUCAUACGCAGAAAAGGUGUCUAUCCCUACGAAUUCGUGAAUUCCUGGCAAUAA